AUGCUACUGUUGAGGGGAAACUGGCUACUGAAGAGCUACUCCGUGUAUGUGUACAAGGUGCUGAAGCAAGUCCAUCUGGACACCGGCAUGUUGUCCAAGGCCAUGGGAAUCAUGAACUCCUUCGUCAACCACAUUUUCGAGCGCAUCGCUGGCGAGGCAUCAUGCCUGGUGCAUUACAACAAGCGCUCGACUAUCACAUCCAGGGAGAUCCAGACUGCCGUGUGCUUGCUGCUACCUGGGGAGCUGGCCAAGCAUGCCAUGUCCGAGGGCACUAAGGCUGUCACCAAGUAUACCAGCUCCAAGUAA